AUGAGCGAAGUCGUAGCCGUGGCAGUGGUGCCUACUGGUGGACAAAAUCGUCAGGAAUGUGUGACACAUAUCAAACGUCACAAAUCAUCAUCUGGCUGCAAUGUUCCUCUUGUCCAUGGCAGGCCAAACCCACCAAUCAACGUACGCAACAGACUGACCACUCAUCAACGAAACCAUAGCUUGGACUUUAGGUCGAUGGGUAUCCUACUUCCUCCGGUACCGCAAGCAACUGUUACAACACUGACGCUGCAUCACAGAAAUCGAAGUCUUGAUUCAGCGCUACAACGUAUUCCAGAAGUAGAUGUAACACCAAGUCCAGAAUGUGAAACAGCACCAGAUUCAGUAAUAAAAGUAUCGAGUCCAUCAUCAAUUAUAAAAUCGCGUAGCCGUGAACGUGAAGACUUAGCGAGUCUUGGUUCGGAUGAUUCGGGUAUACUCUGCGGGUCAGAUAGUGGUUCCAGUGAUGCUGCUACUGCAACAACUCGAGAAUCUAGUGUUGACCAUUUACAUAGUCGUGAAAGCUUAGACUCGUCGUUAUCACAGACCGGUGACAUGGAUUGUGUUGAUGCUGUUGAUGGUGAUGAUACCGGCUCAGUGUCACUGGACGUUAUGGAAUCUCAAUCAAAGGAUAUGCAACAGUGUAUUAAUAUACCAGAAAAAUGCCUUGAUAGUGUAGAACAGCAACAAAAACAACAACAGCAUCAAAAUCAGUAUAUUGUUGCUAAUGAAAAACAGACAUUCGUAAAUAGCGAACGAACUUCGAUGCGAGAACCUCAGAAGAUUAAUGUAAACAGUGAUUACACGAAUGAAUUACGCGAUGAAAAACCAAGCUGUGGUAAUAAUGGUUAUCACAAUACACUUGAAGUUGCAAUGCAAAGUGAAUUGGCUGGUGCUGCGAUGACUUUGUGUUGUGGUGCUACACAACCGGAUGAUGAUACCUCUAAAAAACCACUUGAGAUACGAAGACAAGAAACAGCUCAACCAAAACCUACUGAGAGUUGUCUUCUUAGGUUAUUUGAAAGCCAAAUUUUCGAUAUGUCUAUGGCUAUUUCUUAUCUCUUCAAUUCUAAAGAACCUGGCGUUCAGAGUUAUCUCGGCAACAAGUUAUUUAGCUUCCCAGAUAACGAUGUGGACUUUUAUUUACCACAAUUGAUCUUGAUGUACAUACAAUUACAUGACGUCACAGAGGUUCUUUAUCCGUAUCUCGUUCAUAGAUGUAGGCAAGCCGCAGACUUCUCGUUAAAGUGCGCUUGGCUGUUAGAUGCGUACAGCUCAGAUGCUCAUUUACCAUCUAAAAAGAAGUCUCACGGGACCAAGCUCAAAAAUCUUAUUUUAUCUGACGAAUUGAGAAAAAACAGGCCAAAGGGAAGUGAAAUAACGAGGAAGCAAAAACUUAGCGGAAUACAAGUACCCGCGCCACCACCCUUGCCUACUGCUCAAAUAGUGGCAUCGCCCAAUAAAAAAACCCACCAAAGAUCACAGUCUGAUGCUACGGGUCUUUUUCAAUCGUUACGUCGAAGCCAUUCCGGUGUAGUAAAUAAAGUAAGUCUUGGAGACUUGAGUUCUGGUCGAGCAUUCGACAACGGAUGUACCUGUUUUGAUUCCUGCCAAGGUGUGGUUAAUGACUUACGAGGUCAGAAGACUGAUUGCUUCUGUAAUGCCCCGCGGCUUGCUCCAGAGCUUGAGUUUAUUCAGGCACUGAUAUCAAUUGGUAAAUUGCUUGGAACUAUUCCUACAAAAGAGAGUAAAACCGUUCAACUAGUAGCUGAGUUGAAUACACUCAACUUAAAUUUACCAGCAAGAGUGUGGCUUCCGUUACAUAGUACAAUUCCACAUCAUAUCGUAAGAGUACCACCGCAAUAUGCUGCAGUCCUCAAUAGUAAAGAUAAGGCUCCAUAUAUUAUUUACGUGGAAGUUCUAGAAGUAGAGGAUUUAUAUACCUCACCAGUUCCCACCAAAGUAAUGGGAAGCUCAUUAAGACAUACUAAGUCUGAAGAAAAUUUAACGGGUAAUGAGCAAUCAGACUCAACGAAUAAUUCAAAUGGAGCAGCACAGCAGCAAUCAAUUCGACAAACUCCGAAUAAAAGUAUAAUUAAUAAAAACGGAGAUGGUGCAUUUAAUUAUCUUGAUGAUGACCCUGCAGAUUGUUGGAGCCAAGAGGAUGAUGAAAUUACACAACAGUAUUUACAACUUCGGAAGCCUCGAGACAGAGAUACGAUAUCACAACUGAGUCAAGAUAGUUCAGAUAGCCGUGAACCAGUCUUUGUACCUGGUGAUAUUAAAAGAAGAUUGAGUGAACUUGCCGCGACCCCUAAUGCGACAUUUAAUCACGAUCCAGAGGAUCCAUCGGCAGCCGUACUGAAAGAACCUUGGGAAUUGAAACAACGUCGUAUAAGAUCAUCUAGUCCAUAUGGUCAUUUAGCUUCAUGGCGACUAUUAGCUGUUAUUGUUAAAUGUGGUGAUGAUUUACGACAAGAAUUACUUGCGUCACAAUUAUUGUCAAUGUUACAAAAAAUAUGGCAAGAUGAAGGUUUACCUCUGUGGGUAAGACCAUACAAAAUUUUAUGUUUAUCUAAUGACAGUGGAUUGAUUGAACCAAUUUUAAAUACCGUAUCAUUGCAUCAAAUUAAAAAACACUGUCAAUUAACAUUGUUACAAUAUUUUGAGCGUGAAUUUGGUCCUACUGAUUCCGAGGAAUUUGCUCAAGCUCAAAAUAAUUUCGUCCAAAGUUGUGCGGCUUAUUGUCUUGUUAGUUAUCUUAUUCAAGUUAAAGAUAGACAUAAUGGAAAUAUAUUAUUGCAUAGUGAUGGACAUAUUAUUCAUAUUGAUUUUGGUUUUAUAUUAUCAACAUCACCAAGAAAUUUAGGAUUUGAAACGAGCCCGUUCAAACUAACACCUGAAUUUGUUGAAGUUAUGGGUGGUAGUCAAUCUAAAAUGUUCCACCAUUUUAAAAAUCUUAUUUUACAAGGACUUGUUGCAGCACGAAAACACAUGGAGAAAGUUGUUAAUCUUGUAGAAAUAAUGCUGUCAGGCUCACAACUACCGUGCUUUCGCACUGGCGGUGCAGCAACUGUUCAAGGACUCAAAAAUCGAUUUCACUUAACGUUAACAGAGGAUCAACUACGACAGCAUGUUGAGGACCUCGUUGAAGGCAGCAUUCAUUCGUGGUCAACCAAAUUAUAUGAUCGAUAUCAGUACUUUGCCAACGGUACACUAUAA